AUUAACAUCAAACACGAAUCAAAUACAAAAUUUUAAGUCGUGUAACUGCUUUUUUAAAUUAAAUACAAAUUUAAAUACAUUUUGGCUCAAAUGGAAAGAAUACUUUAUAUGGCUUUAUAUGCAACUUCAAUUGUCAGAGUAGUCUGGGGAGGUGAUUCAGAAAUAACAUUGUUCUUGAAGCACAUACACGUCUUACCAGAUUGUGCUGCUGUGGAUGCAGUUGAUUUUCUAAAUGUAACUUAUGAAAGUGGUGCUUUUGCAAACAAGGGAAAGGAACUGACACCUACAGAAGUGAAAAAUCAACCAAUUAUUGAUUGGAAUAGCAAAGAUAGUUUCUUCUAUACUUUAAUGAUGAUCCAUUCUGAAACAACGCCUGAAUGCAUCAAAACCCUUACCAAGGAGUGCCAAUUUCAUCAUUGGCUUGUGGUAAACAUAUCUGGAAAUGAUGUUAGCUCAGGUGACAUUAUCAGUGAAUACCUUAGUUCAGGUCCAUCUAAAGGCACUGGAUUGCAUCUCUACGUUUUCCUUCUCUACAAACAACCCAGAGAGCUUGAGUUUGAAGAAAAAUUCAUAAACAGAUAUUCAAUGGCUGGAAGAUCAAACUUUUCAGUUGGCGACUUUUCAGAAAAGUACAAUUUGGGACUUCCUUUGGCAUCUAACUACUAUGUAGCUCAAUAUGACGACUAUGUACCAAUCGUUCAUGCCCAAAUAGGUUAUUAAGGGUUAAGGAAGUAUUAUUCUUCCAUAUGUUAAUAAAUAUAAGCAUUAAUGUCCUUUGUUUAAAAAUCACUAUGCUCCCAAAGUUCUUGACCAAUUGACUUUAUAAACAAUAAUGCAUUGGGAUAGGUUAUGUCAUCUAAUGGUUACAAAUAAAGCAAACACGAAACACAUUAUUUUCGUGAUAUCAGUUUCAAAGUUA